CGUGCAGUAGGAACUGUGCAGACACACACACACACACACACACACACACACACACUGGGAUCCAGGGACGGCAGCCCCUUUGCACUGGGAUCUAGAGCCACAGCGCGAAAAGAGAGUUGAAGGAAAAUACUCAUCUAACGCAACACAAUGGCAGACAAAAUUAAAGAUGCUAAGAUCAUCUUUGUUGUGGGUGGGCCUGGCUCUGGAAAGGGCACCCAGUGUGAGAAGGUAGUCGCAAAGUAUGGCUACACCCACCUGUCAUCUGGGGAUCUGCUCCGCGCUGAGGUGUCUUCUGGCUCUGAGAGGGGCAAGCAGCUCCAGGCCAUCAUGAAGAAGGGAGAGCUGGUGCCCCUGGACACGGUCUUGGACAUGAUUAAGGACGCCAUGAUCGCCAAGGCUGAUGUGUCCAAGGGCUACCUUAUUGAUGGCUACCCCCGUGAAGUGAAGCAGGGAGAGGAGUUUGAGAAGAAGAUCGGCAAACCCUGCCUGCUGCUGUACGUUGACGCAAAAGGAGAGACCAUGGUGAAGAGGCUCAUGAAGCGCGGUGAGACCAGCGGCCGCUCUGAUGACAAUGAGGAGACCAUCAAGAAGCGCCUGGACCUGUAUUACAAAGCAACUGAGCCGGUCAUCACCUUCUACGAGAGCCGCGGCAUCGUCAGGAAGGUUGACUCUGAGCUCCCAGUGGAUGAGGUCUUCAGCCAAGUCUCCAAAGCUAUUGAUGCACUGUAGUAAAACAACAUAGAUGAGCUGUGUCUGGUUGUUGUUUUAUUUUUUUUUAUUUCAUCAGUAUAAAUUUCACAAACACAUAACAUGAACAACGACUAAUUUAAUACCCUAACCACUAUUCUUGGUCGUUAAAGAUCAAAGAUGCCUUAAGUAGGAAUCUACAAAUUCUUGGAAUGAAUCUGCUUAAAGCGGCAUUGGAAAAUCCAUUUGUGUCUUUCUUUAAGUAUUGAUUCUGUUCUGUGCUAAACUCGUAAGUGGAUGUAUCCAAGUGACAUCUCAAAGGGUACUACUGUAUACAGGAGGUGUGGACCAUCUCCUAACCUUUAAGGCACCAUGCUCACGCUCUGGGGCAAACCUGCACUUUACACAAUCUUGUUUCCAACUUUAACCCUACCAUAUAGAAUCCGGAGUUUAUGGGAAAGUAUUAGAGUCCUUUAUGAUUGUGCCAUUCAACAAUAGCAGAGAUCACCCACUGUGGGCAAACUGUAUACAUGUACAUUCACAGAACUGUCAAAUUACUUUUCUCAACCACCAUUGACAUCAUACAUUAUUUUCUAUUAAUCCAUUUAUAACUAUAUUUAAAGCACAGAAAUCUAUAUUUUUUUCCCAUCAAGAUGCACACAUGUAACAUGCUGGUGUAUAAAGUGGUAUAUGUGAAAAAGAAGAAAAAAUAAAAUUAAAGUAUAUGGGAAAGCAA